AUGGACCCCAAUCUCAUUUCUAUGCUGACUCCUCCGUUUGAGAACAUCGAUCUCAGGAAGUUAAUACCUUUGGUAACAGCAGCGGGCUCACUGUAUUACACUUGGAGUCAUGUAUGGAGUAUAAUUGUCUCAAUCACUAGCUACUGGACAUGUACCGUCGAAGUACAGUCUCACGACCCAGCGUUCAAGUAUCUUACAUACUGGCUCGUCACUCACAGAGAAAAAAUCUAUUCCACAUCAUUCGUCGCCAGUCGCGAUGGACCACCUGCGCUGCCUUGGACUGGUCCCAGUGAUGAUGAACCCAUUCUCGGAGCUCAAGACGAGGAUGAAGAAGAAGAUGAUCUUUCACUGGCUGCCCAGGACUUCGAUGCAUAUUGGGUGAAACGUAUCGCUCGUGACAAGUCUCGACCUAUAGCAUACAGUCCCGGCAAUGGGAGCCAUUAUGUCAAGUUUGGUAGGUCGUUCCUUAAAUUACGCCGCAAAGGCGAUCUCUCAGGACUGGGGCUGGGAAAUAUCUGGUUGACAUGCCUCGGAAGAGACGGUGGCGUUCUCAAGAGACUGUUGACUGAAGCGCAGAUAGCAUACCUUGAGCGCGAUGGCAAGCAGACGUCAAUUUUUAGCAACCAGCAGUCGGAAUGGGUACAAUCGACAAGCCGUCCACCACGGGACUUGGCCACAAUUGUGCUUGCUGAUGUCCAGAAGAAGGCCAUCAUCGAGGACAUCAAGGAGUACCUUCACCCAUUGACUAAGAAAUAG